CAAUACAGCCCGAGUUCUCGCCAGUUUGUGGAGUGACUAGCCGCAAUAAGCACUAGAAGUUCGUGGAUAACUGGAAGUAUAACACUGCGCAAGUUAAGUGCCUUUUGUUCAAUGUGACUCCGUAACACGGCAGGCAAUGUGCGUUGAAGCCUAACUGCUUUGCACCAGCGCGGCUCGAGCCCUGCACCGAUCUGACGACAGUAACGCCAACAUGGAGCCGGCCAAGAAACGAGAGAAACUUAACCCCAGGGGAACAGCCAACCCACUCUCCAAACUUCUCUUCUUAUGGACAAUGGACAUAUUUUCAAAAGGCUACAAAAAGGAUCUGGAAGAAUCAGACAUGUACAAUGUUCUAGAAGACGAAAAAACAGACCAUCUAGGUGACAGCCUAGAGAUUGUACAGACGAUUCUGAUGGGAAAGGUGAUCAACUUCUUCACGCCAGGGAAUGGGAUGCAGAAGAAGGAGGCGUGGAUCUAUGGCGGGGCGAUGAUUGCGAUCCUCUUCAUUCGUCUUACGUUCGAUCACCACUACAAUCAUCUAAGUUUCAGGCUUGGAAUGCGCGUGCGCGUGGCCUGUUGCUCUCUCCUAUAUAGAAAGCUACUGCGGCUCAGCAAAUCCACGACAAACAAAACAGCUACAGGUCGAAUUGUGAAUCUCAUGUCCAACGACGUGUGUCGCUUCGACUAUGCGCCCCAAUGCAUCGGGUUCCUCAUUAUUGCACCCUUACAGACCCUCAUCGUCACAUAUUGCCUGUGGACCAUGGUCGGACCAUCUGCUGUCGUCGGAGUGGCUUUCAUCCUGUUGCAGACACUCCCUGUACAAACUUACCUUGGGAAACUGAUCGCGAAACUGCGGAAGAAAAUCGCAGUUAGGACGGACGAGAGGAUGAGGCUGAUGAACGAGAUAGUCUCGGGUAUUCAGGUCAUCAAGAUGUACGCUUGGGAGAAACCUUUCGCCAAACUCGUCGAAGUUGCCCGAUGGAAUGAAAUCAGCAAAGUCACAUACUCUGCAUAUUUACGUGGGUUCUACAUGUCAUCCAUGGUGUACUUAGAACGUUCAUCGCUGUUCGCCACCCUUCUGAGUUACGUGUUACUGGGUUAUAACAUUACCCCACAGAAGGUGUUUACCAUGGCACAAUUCUACAAUAACCUCAACCAGACAAUGGCCAUAUAUUUCCCGACGGCAGUUGAAUAUAAGGCCGAAACGUCCGUUUCUAUCAGACGUCUAGAGGAACUAAUGCUGGAGGAUGAGGCUCAAUGCGCAGCCGCUAAUAUAAACAACAACGCACCAAAGAUUAUGAGUUCACUGGGCCAAGGGAAAACUAAUGGAACUGCGGACGCAGGUGUGACCAUUGUGAAUGCUAGUGCAAAAUGGAGUCCAGACCUCGCGAGAGACACCCUGAGUAACAUCACACUCCGGAUCCCGGAAGGGAAACUUUGCGCGGUCAUAGGACCUGUCGGCUCGGGGAAGAGUUCCCUCCUACAUGCUGUAAUGAGGGAGUUGCCAAUGUACAGUGGAACUGUCUCUACCGGUGGAACUAUUUCGUAUGCAUCGCAAGAUCCCUGGCUGUUCGUGGGGACCGUGAGGCAGAACAUUCUGUUCGGACAGCCUUUCGAAGCAGAGAAGUACAAGCAGACUGUAAGGAUCUGUGCCCUGCAAAAGGAUUUCGACAUGUUUCGUCAUGGGGACAGAACACUGGUUGGAGAAAAGGGGAUUUCCCUCAGUGGAGGUCAGAGAGCGAGGAUUAACUUGGCCAGGGCGGUGUACAGGAAUGCGGACGUUUACCUCUUGGACGAUCCUCUGUCGGCCGUGGACACGCACGUGGGGAAACACUUGUUCGAGGAAUGCAUCAAGACACAUCUGAGAAACAAGACAAGAAUACUCGUCACCCACCAACUGCAGUACAUCAAGGACGCCGAUAUGGUCGCCAUCCUAAACAACGGAGAAAUAGAAAAACAAGGAACAUACGCUGAGAUGCAGAACAGUGGUCUUAAUUUUGCUAAACUUUUGGCCAAGGAUGAGAACGAAAGCGAGAUGGAAGAGCCAACACAACAAAUUCGAGUGCGAAAGCGUAUAAAAUCAGGGAUAUCCAAUGCGGAUGAGAAUGAAUCUUCUAGAAGAUCAGUACGAAGACAAAGCACUAGACGUCGAUCAUCUGCAAGAGCAGGAUCUAUAAGUGGAUCCUUAAGAAAAGACGGCAGUCUCAGAAAUUCUUUUACUAGCGACGAUUACCAAGCCACGUUGAAAAGAUCCAUGAUCCAGAAGCACAUGCGACAAGCUUCCCUACUAUCCAUUACCAACAAGAUGAAAGGAGAAGCCAAAAUUAUUUCUGAUGGCGUUCAUAAGCCGCCAACCGGAGCUAAAAUAUUGUGGAGGAGAACCAGGAAGAUCCGAGGGGCACUGAGAAAUAUUCUGCACAACAAAUCGUUACUGCAGUGCUGCCCAAUCCCAAUACAUCGCGAUCAUCCAAUCUCUAAGAGCGAGGAAACCAUUGUUAACGCCAACAAUGAUCAACAUAAUUCGGACGGCAGUUGGUUCGGCGACGAUGUGGACGAAUGCGAUGAAGAGAACCAAGAAUCACGAAACGUCGGGACCAUCAGCUGGAAAACAUACUGGCGGUAUUUCAGUGCUGGGAGAAGCAUCUGUUUCUUGCUCAUGACUGUCUUCAUGCUUAUACUGGCUCAAGUGUCGACAAGCGGUGCUGACUUCUGGGUUACGUACUGGACAAACGAAGAAGUAAUAAGGGAGGCACAUGUGACUUCCGUCAGGGAAAGACUGGCAGCAAACAAGAGCCACACACAUUUGCCUCCACUUAUUGAGGACACCACCACAGUCAGCAAGGACGACUCGCUUAUAAUCUACGGGAGCCUUAUUGUUGGAUGUAUGUUUAUCACUUUACUUCGCUCAGUCAUGUUCGUCAAAACCUGCAUGAGAGCGUCCAUCAAUCUCCACAACGAAAUGUUCUCUUCAAUUCUCCGCGGCGCCAUGCGAUUCUUCGACACAAAUCCAUCUGGAAGGAUCCUCAACAGAUUCUCAAAAGAUAUUGGAACCAUUGAUGAACUUUUGCCGCGCUUCAUGCUAGAGUCAAUUCAGGUAUUCCUAGUCUUGGUUGGUAUCCUGGUCAACAUCGCGAUAGUGAACCCUUAUUUCAUAGUCCUGAUGAUUCUCCUUGGGUUCUGCUACUAUGGAGUCACAUCCGUGUACCUCAAAACUUCGAGAAAUGUGAAACGAUUGGAAGCAAUAACCCGGAGUCCGGUCUACUCACAUCUGUCAGACACUAUGACUGGCCUGACCACAAUAAGAGUUUCAGAGGCAGAAGAAAUGGUGCGAAAUGGUUUCGAUUCAAAACAGGAUGACCACACUGCCGCGUGGUCUCUUUUCUUGGGGACAAGCAACACUUUUGGCUUCUGGAUGGAUGUCCUGAGCUCCUUGUUUGUUGCUGCACUUACACUGACUUUCUUCAUGCUUGAAGAGAACAUUGGAGCAAAAGUCGGACUGGCAUUGUCACAGGCACUUAUAGUGACAGGAAUGCUUCAGUAUGGUCUACUGCGAACUACUGAUGUGGUGAGUCAGAUGACAUCAGUGGAGAGAGUACUCGAUUACACCAACAUUGAAAAGGAACCAGAUCUGGAGUCUGCCCCAGAUAAGAAACCACCUCCCACCUGGCCGAGUGAAGGUGCUAUUGAGUUCGAACAUUUGUACAUGAGAUAUGCUGAAAACCAGCCCCCUGUACUGAAGGAUCUCCAUUUUAAAAUAGACCCAACUUACAAGGUUGGAAUUGUGGGCAGAACGGGAGCUGGAAAAUCGUCUCUAAUCUCAGCUCUGUUCCGCCUGGCCAAACUCGAAGGUUCCAUAAAGAUAGACGGAAUCAACACGAAUGAUCUUGGUCUCCACGACCUUCGGGGGAGAAUCUCAAUCAUCCCUCAGGAACCUGUCCUCUUUUCUGAGUCGCUCAGACAUAAUCUCGACCCCUUCCAGCAGUACAGCGAUGAAGCCCUAUGGAGUUCACUAGAAGAGGUCGACCUGAAGGCGGCCGUCACAAGCUUGGAUAUAAAGGUUCAAGAGGGAGGGAGCAACUUCAGUGUGGGGCAGAGACAGCUGAUAUGCUUGGCUAGAGCCAUACUUCGCAACAACAAGAUAUUGGUGCUGGAUGAGGCGACAGCCAACGUUGACCCAGAGACCGAUACCUUUGUACAGGAGACAAUACGAAGGAAAUUCAAGAACUGCACAGUUCUCACGAUAGCUCACAGACUCAACACAAUCAUGGACUCUGACAAGGUUCUCGUUAUGGACUCCGGUACCAUGGUGGAAUACGACCAUCCCUAUAUAUUGCUUCAGAAGAAGGCUGGUUACUUCUACAGACUGGUCGAAGAGACGGGCCCUGCGAUGGCAGAUCAACUACUGAAAAUAGCGGAAGAGGCAUAUCGGAAAACAUUUCAUAUUGAUGGAACAGCAGAACAGGAAGAUUUGACAACAGCUUUAUGAGACAACCUGCAGAUGUAACUGCGGACCACAUAUUUUAUAAUAAAAUAAAUAUUAAAAACGAG